AUGCCACCAAAAUUUAUUGCUGACCGUUGGACUGCUGAAGGCGAAGAGGCGGUUGCUAAACAUAUUCAAGCCACUAUGAUCCCCUUGCAACAUGUUCGCACUCUUCGCCGCCAGUUUGAACAGGAUCGAAAGCGAAUAAUCUGCGAGCCUGUUUUCAAAGUGAAUGAUAGAGUGGAAUUGCUAGAUUACAAUAACUCUACUCGUGUGCGUCCAGCUCGUGUUAAGAAAGUGGUUGGGCGGCGAAUUUGCGUUCAUGUGAGAGACGACGAUUUUGACGGUGAAGUGGAGGACGACGAUCGCCAGUUUGGUGAUGAUGCCGAAUUUUGGGUAGACCAGUCUAGUUUCUAUCUCUUCCAUGUUGGCUGGGCAUGUUACAAUAAUUACGGUCUUGGCUCAACGAAGGAGUACAGGAGACAUGCCCAACAGAUCGCUGACGCGCUGACCAAGGGAGAAGACCCACCGUAUGCUUCUGGCGAUGUAACCCCGCAGAAGAUCCGUUCCUGGACUGCCAACAAAGAUACUCCAUUUGAGUGGAAGAAGGGAAUGCGAUUCGAACUUAUGGAUCCUUUAGCCCAGAUGUUCAAUGAGCUACGAGUUGCUAGUGUUCUGGAGGUGUUAAAGGUACAGUAAAU